AGGCGGGCGAAGGCCUCAGUCUUCUUGCCUUUUACCGCCAUGACUAUGGACGGGGGCGACUCGUUCGUCCACGAGCCGGACAAUUUCGUCCAGUUCCUUCUCCUCCUCCUGCCCGUCCUCCAGGCGCCCCAGAAUGCGACCAAGAUCCCCACCUAUCAGGGCGCGCGAAAUUGGGCGACCGAUAUGAUCUUGAAGGAUCUCAAGUCGAUGGCCGCGCGUAUGCACAAGGCGGAGCGGGCGCUGCAGGAGAGGGACAGCGCGAACUCGAACGAGCGCACCGAGCGCGACACCGCCCCGACCCCGGAGCCCCGUCGGCGCACCAAUUCCACCCCGCCCACGAAGCCAGACACAGAGGCGCCCGUCGACCCGCCGCCAGAGAAGCGCGAGCGUGUGGUCGAGCAGCCCAACGGCAAGCCCAUGAAGCUCGACAUCUCCAGCAUGCCCGCUGCCCUAUCCGAAUUGAACGGCGUCUUCAAUCGUGGCUACACCGACGCCGCGGGCCAGUCCUUCACCAAGGGCCCCGUCUUCUCCCAUUCCGCUCCCCCAACCGUCCAGGCGCUCCCAGAGAGCAUUAACUGCCCCACUUGCAACUCCAAGGUCAAGAUCCCCGAUGGCAUAGCCAUGAUGAAUCGCUUCCGUACCGUCGACACCACACCUGCUGGCAGGGAUGGCCCUCCGCCCAUGGCUCCACUCGGUCCUAACUACGCUGCGCACGCAUCACUCCCUCGAGCUCAGGAACUCUCGCUACUGGAAACCCAAGUCAUGGAAGUUGCUCGGGUCUGCAAGGCCGUCGCCUCGGGCGAUCUUACGCAGCGCAUCGAUAUUCCUGUGCAAGGCGCAACAAUGGUUCAGCUCAAGGACAUCAUUAACACUAUGGUCGAUAAACUCGGUGUCUUCGCUGAAGAGGUCAGCCGCGUUGCUUUAGAAGUCGGCACGGAAGGCAAAUUGGGUGGUCAAGCCCUGGUCCUCGACGUUGAGGGCACAUGGCGCGAUCUCACGGCUAUCGUCAACAAAUUGGCUGCGAACUUGACCUCGCAAGUGCGCUCCAUCGCGACAGUGACGAAGGCUGUCGCUUUGGGCGAUUUGUCCAAACAAAUCGAAGUCGAGGCUAGUGGCGAGAUCCUGGACUUGAAGAACACGGUCAACGGAAUGGUCAUCAGAUUACGGGCACUGGCAGCAGAGGUCACACGAGUAACGUUGGAGGUCGGUUCACAAGGCAAAUUGGGUGGUCAGGCGGACGUUCCGGAUGUCGAAGGAGUGUGGUACGAGUUGGUGCGAAACGUCAAUCGAAUGUGUUCAUCGUUGACGGAUCAAGUGCGAUCCAUCGCCGUCGUCACGACCGCUGUCGCUGGCGGUGACUUGACCCAGAAGAUCUCCAUUCAGGUCGAGGGUGAGAUGGCGACCUUGAAGGCCACAGUCAACUCCAUGGUGGACCAGUUGAGCGCCUUCGCCAGCGAGGUCACGCGAGUGGCUUUGGAGGUCGGCACGCAGGGUAUUUUGGGUGGUCAGGCAACCGUCGAAGGCGUACAGGGUACGUGGGCCGAUUUGACGCGCAACGUGAACAAAAUGGCCUCGAACUUGACCGACCAAGUGCGCUCCAUCUCGGAGGUCACGAAGGCCGUCGCGAACGGCGAUCUCGGCAAGAUGGUCGACGUUAACGUACAGGGCGAGAUGCUCGACUUGAAGAUGACCGUCAACCAGAUGGUGUCCCAGUUGAGUACGCUAGCCAACGAGGUCACGCGUGUCAGUUUGGAAGUCGGUACCGAGGGUAUCUUGGGUGGUCAAGCGUCCGUACCGGGAGUUCAGGGCAUGUGGGCAGUCUUGACGGACAACGUCAACCUGAUGGCCAUGAACUUGACGAACCAAGUGCGCUCGAUCGCCGAGGUCACGAAGGCUGUCGCAGGCGGUGACUUGUCCAAGAAGAUCACUGUCGACGUCAAGGGCGAGAUACUCGAGUUGAAGGAUACUGUCAACGGCAUGACUGAUUCGUUGAGUCUGUUCGCCGACGAGGUCACGCGAGUCGCCAAGGAGGUCGGAACGGACGGGAAGUUGGGUGGGCAAGCCCGCGUCACGAACGUCGGCGGUACCUGGAAGGCUUUGACGGACAACGUGAACGUGAUGGCGGCCAACUUGACGCUGCAAGUGCGCACCAUCGCAGAGGCAACAGCAGCGGUGUCUGUGGGUGACUUGACGCGCAAGAUCCAGGGUGUCUCGGUCUCCGGAGAGAUGUUGGCGUUGGUCAACACCAUCAACACUAUGAUUGACCAGUUGUCCAUCUUCGCCCGAGAGGUCAAGAAGGUUGCACGUGAAGUCGGUACCGACGGCAAGCUGGGUGUCCAGGCCGAGGUUGGCAACGUCCAGGGUAUAUGGCAGGAGAUCACGUUGGCUGUCAACACCAUGGCCGGCAACUUGACGACCCAGGUCAGAGGCUUCGCGCAGAUCUCCCAGGCGGCUAUGGACGGCGACUUCACUCGGUUCAUCACGGUCGAGGCCAGCGGAGAGAUGGACUCGUUGAAGACACAGAUCAACUCCAUGGUCUUCAACUUGCGCGACUCAAUACAGAAGAACACCGCUGCCAGGGAGGCCGCCGAGUUGGCGAACAGGAGUAAGAGCGAGUUCUUGGCCAAUAUGUCUCACGAGAUUCGGACACCGAUGAACGGUAUCAUCGGCAUGACGGAACUCACGCUGGAUAGCGACUUGAACCGCUCACAACGCGAGUCAUUGCUAUUGGUCCACAGCUUGGCGCGUUCGCUGCUGUUGAUUAUCGACGACAUCUUGGAUAUUUCGAAGAUCGAAGCCGGUCGCAUGACCAUGGAGGCGGUCUCAUACUCGCUGCGCCAGACGGUCUUCGGUAUUCUCAAGACCCUCGUCGUGCGCGCGUCGCAGAACAACUUGGACUUGACCUACGACGUCGAGGCAGACAUUCCCGAUCAGCUCAUAGGUGACGCGCUCCGUCUGCGCCAAGUCAUCACCAACUUGGUUGGCAACGCCAUCAAGUUCACACCGAGCCAGGUGUCUCGCAAGGGCAACGUCGCACUCAGCACAAGAUUACUCGCGAUGGACGGCGAGCACGUCACGAUCGAGUUCUGUGUCCUGGACACCGGUAUCGGUAUUGCGCAGGACAAGCUCAGCCUCAUCUUCGACACGUUCGCCCAGGCGGAUGGCUCCACGACAAGGGAGUACGGUGGUACUGGUUUGGGUCUGUCGAUCUCGAAGCGCCUCGUCUCCCUCAUGCAGGGUGACAUGUGGGUGGAGAGUGAGGUGUCGAAGGGCAGCAAGUUCUACUUCACGAUCACGACACAAAUCAGCCACAGCACCUUGGAGGCGACCUUGACCAAGAUGCAGCCGUUCGCGAAGAGGACGAUCCUGUACAUGAACACCCUCGGCGACAGGUCCAAUGUUGCCGAGAAGAUCAGGUUGCUGGGCUUGAAGCCGCAUGUGGCGACGACCGUUGCACAAGUGGCCAACAAGGACAAGUGCCCGCACGUCGACACCAUUAUCACCGACUCUCUUGCCAUCACCGAGGGCGUUCGCGAGUACGAGCACUUGCGCUACAUACCCAUCGUUCUCCUUGGCCCUGAACAACCGAAGCUGAAUCUCAAAUGGUGCCUGGACAACAGCAUCAGCUCGCAAGUCACUUCGCCAGUAUCCGUCCAAGACCUUGCGUCGGCCUUGAUAACUGCGCUGGAGUCGAACACGCAGAACCCGGUCUUCACCCCCAACGACAUCUCGUUCGACAUCCUGCUCGCCGAGGACAACAUGGUCAACCAGAAGCUGGCCGUCAAGAUCCUCGAGAAGUAUGGCAACAUGGUCGAGAUCGCGGACAAUGGGGCUAUCGCGGUCGACGCGUUCAAGCGCAGGAUUGCUGAGAGCAAGCCAUUUGACAUCAUCCUCAUGGAUGUGUCUAUGCCGUUCAUGGGCGGUAUGGAAGCAACGGAGCUCAUCCGUCAGUUCGAGAUGCAGGAAGGCUUGAUGCCGACGCCCAUCAUCGCUCUGACGGCUCAUGCCAUGAUUGGUGAUCGUGAGAGAUGCUUGCGUGCAGGCAUGGACGACCAUAUCACCAAGCCUUUGAGGAGAGGUGAUUUGCUGAACGCCAUCAGCAAGCUCGCCAGCGAGCGCGCAGCGCAGAAGGCGAUGUACCGUCGGCGGAACCCUGCGGCCUACUUGGACCCUUCAGCAUUGCGGUCAUGAAGUCGUGGUUCCGUCGGACACGUCUAGUUGUGCCAGACCUGUGCCGUACUUUGCUGUCGGGUCUUGCUGGCGCGAGCCAUCGCCUCAUCCAUCAUUAUUGUAACUCUAGCUCAGCACGCACGCAUUGUCUCCUUAGCUCCCUGUUUUCCUUACACGUCUCUCUCAUCUCAUUUCUAAUUCAUUUCCUCCUUUGACACUUGUUUCUUCUCGGAGUGAAGGUCUCCUGCUCCGGCGACGAAGUGAGGAUUUGCUCGGCUUCAUGUAGCCCGGAUCUCUCUGCUUUCUUGUGCUUAGCUAUCUUCAUGUUCUGUACUAUUAUCCUCACUAGUAUAUAACUCAAGACGUACCCCACCAGUAGCUGUACUUAUGCCUUGUCUAAUGUUAUUUCUAGCCUGCA